AAACUUAAAAGAAGACGAUUUUGUGCAUAACACUUUUUCUUUGUUUAUUUUAUCUCUGCCUUUUUUAUUUGUUUAAAAAUUAUUAUUACGCUUUUAUUCAUGGCUCUCUAAUGCCCGCAAAAAAAGAAAUAGAGGUUUUUCUUCUAAAUUUUUUUGUACAAAUAUGUCAGAGCAACUUCAUACCAUAACACAGAACUGGAUCAGUUUGAUGAAGGUAAAGGAAAUUAGGCAGUUAGCCCGAUAUCUAAUUGAAAAGGGAGAAUUCACUGAACAAGAGUUUGCUAGAGCGUUCUCAUCUGAAGAUGAACGUCACAACAAAAGGAUGUUUUUCUUCGCUCUCCAAGAGAAACAUAAUUCUGCUCUUGUUGCCUUGCAACAAUGGUUGAUUGCCAAGGGUCAUCAACACUUGGCAGGUUUUAUUUCGCAGAAAAAAUCAGGAUGUGCUCCUUUUCGUGCUCCACAGGAAGAAAAUGAAGAUGAAGAGGAGGAAGAAAAUGAAAUAUCCUCCUCAAUUGAAGCUGAUCAAGAUAUGGCUCAUGUGGACAACAAUACCACACCAUUAAAUAUAGAUGUCAAAUUGGCUACAGAAUUUUAUGAUUCAUCCUUACAUAAUCCGAAUAUACAGUUUUAUUCAAGUAGAUCAAAGAAACGGGGACGUGUGUUAAUAAUUAAUAAUUAUGAAUUUUGGGCUUCUGGCCAUACUUAUAGAAAAGGUGCCAACGUAGAUGAAGAGAAUCUCUUCAAAAUGUUUACUCAAAUGGGUGGAUGGGUUAUAGAGAGACAUAAAAACAAAACCACUGAGCAAAUGAGACUUAUUUUAAAAGACUUUGCUCGUUACGAAAAAGAUAAAAUUUGCGAUAUAUGUUUUGUUUUUGUGAUGAGCCAUGGAUCGGAAAAUGUCAACAAGACCACAAUUUAUGGUAUAGAUGGAAAUUUUCUAUACACUACAGAUGUCCAAGAAUAUUUUAUUCCAAGCAAAUGUAGAUUAUUUCGAGGUAAACCUAAAAUAUUUAUUUACCAAGUAUGCAGAGGAAGUGAACAUGAUCUUGCUGUCCAUAACACAGAAGUUGAUAGUAUAUUUUCACUACCAUCUACUAGUUCCGCAGGGACAACUCCCACAUCUGUGAUAGAAUCAUUUAGAUCAAUUGAAGAUAUGCUCAUUGGCUACGCCACGUUACAUGGAUCAAAAGCUCACAGGGAUACUUUUAGGGGAACAUGGUACAUCGAAUUAAUCUGCCAAAAUUUUAUGAAUCUCGCCAACCAUGAAUCAGUGGAUCAUCUUUUAAUGAAAGUAGAUGAAGGACUGAGGAGGAGGAAAUCUGAAUUCCGAACUAUGCAAACUUCUGAGACAGAAAAUAAAGGCUUUAAGAAAUUAUAUUUGAAUCCAGGCAUUUAUGAAGAGAAUGGUGUGCUUAAAAAUUAUUAAUAUUUCCUAAUGAUUAAGGUUUAUGUAAGUUAAUAAAAAGAGUUAAGGAUCAUUGAAACUGAAUGAUUUGAAAUGAUCUACAUAAUUUUUUUUGACUUUUUGAAUAGUGUUAUUUGAUUAUGGAAAUAUUUUUGAAAUGUUUAAUCUAAUUUUUUUGAUUAUGGAAAUAUUUUUGAAAUAGGUAGAUUAUAUUACAUAAAAGCGCAUAGUUUAUAUGCCGAUUUGUUUGUGAUAUUUUAUAAAUCUUUUAUAGAAUUUAUUAUACAUUUUAUACAUGUAUAGCUCAAUUUACUGACUUUAAAAAAUUUUAUAGUAAAAUUAUUUAGGUUUUUGCUCUUUGUUGGUUCAGACAAUUACAAUAUUUUUCUUUUGUAACUUAAAUCACAAAAAUAAUAUGAAAUUAUUCAUUAUUAUAUUAUUUCAACUUGUGGUGCAUUUACAAUUUUUUAUAGAACAAACACUUUAAUGAUCUCCUAUUGUUCUGCCAUUUUUAAAUACUUUACAUUCUACUAGUAAACUUUUAUAUAAAUAUUUUACCAAUAUAUUUGUAAGUUACCUCUAUGACCUCUAUAAACAAUAAUUGUCAAUAGAUAUAUUUUUCUAUGUAUACUUUGUGAACGUUUAUUUUAAGGCAAUAUAUACAUCUUUUUUCAUAAACUAUUCAAAAUAUGCCUUUUGUACCAAGUUUUUUUGUGUGAGCAAUUGCAUGCUUCAUUAUUUAUCUUACAAGACAUAUUUUGUAAUUUUUCUCUCUAUACAUAUUUUUGUUUCAUAACUAUUUAUAAAUAUACGUAUUUUGUUUACUC